AGAUGCCAACUACCCUUCUUUGAUGCAAUGAUCAAUUUAACGCAUCAGCUAUAGGUUUCUGCGUUGGACUUGGUCUAAGUAUGACAGAUUGACUUUUCUCUUUAUAGCACUACUAGCUACACUUGAAAAUUUCCUCGACUUAGCUUUACCACAUCGACGACCCAACGGCCGCUCGAAAUAAAUCAUGAAAGGCGACGGCAAGCAAGCCCAGCAGCCGGGCAAAGGCAAGAAGGCCGCAGCGCCCCCGCCCCCAACGGGCAGCCGGCCCGCCAUGUCGGCGCGCGGGCAGUUUCGGAAAGGCCAAUAUUACAAUGAAAAAUGCCCCCACCCAAAGCCUGGCAGCAUUUGUAUUGCAAACCUUUCCAACAGAAACAUUCCCCGUCUUGCAUAUCUCAGCAUCACAAAUUUUCCAUGCAGAAUAGGUCAAAUUUGUGUUGCGAAGUAGCCCAACAGCAGCCGGAUCUCUUAUGCACAAGGCACCUUGCGCACCCAGAUUCUGCAUCAGAAACGCUCACAAUCCUUUUAUGCAAGACAAAAAGCUUUCAUUUGGAAACUUUAACUUUGCAUGACAAACUUCUGCAAAUGCCGGGGUGGGGCCAUUGUUCAUUGUAAUAGCCAACCCGUGAACUUCGCUGCGGAAGACAACGCGCUGCAGCAGCGGGCACAGCAGGUGGACGACAUGCACGCGAUUGAGGCGGUGGUUGAGGAACCGUACUCCGGGAUGUCCACCGCGGGAUCGUCGCAGGACCCCACGAUUCCGACCAGCUCCGAGUCCGCCGGGAUCCAGUGGCAGAAGUGCCCGCGGUAUCAAAUGCAAAUACUGGGUCUGGGUCUGGAAGAUUGUGAGAUUUGUCAUGCUAGUCUGGCAUGACUCUGCCCUCUGUAUUGCGUGGCCACCAAGAGGCCCUCUUGCCUGUCAUUCAAAAGCGCAGCUUUUCUUUCUCAUGCGAAAUACGCAUCACAGACACAGAAGCACGAAAAGACUUGUCAUGCUUGGCGGCGCAUUAUAGAGCACUUAUUGUUCGCGGGCUUGCAUCACAAGUUUCCAGACCCAGACAUAUUUGCAUUUGAUACGCGGUGCGAGAAGGACAUCCGCGUCGAAUUUUUCAACGACCAUUGGUCCUCGCACAGCAGCGAAUAUGCAAUGCAAAAGCAUCGUACUAGUAUAAAUUGCAUUACAAAUUCCCUCAGCAUUACAAAUUGAAUUUGUGAUGCUGUUUUACCUUGAAGAGAUUUGUAAUGCAUAAACACAUCAAUUACUACGAGUACGAUACUUUUGCACAGGAUAGCGAGAUUUUCCCCUGGCUGUUUCUCGGGGGGCGACGGAACGCGGAGAACGAGAUCGAGCUGAUCGAGAGGACGAAAAUCACGCACAUUUUAAAUGUGGCAGUGGAGCUGGUGAACUACCUGCCGCUGCCACUGCAAAACCGGUUCGUGGAGAAAACCAUCCCGUUGAACGACACGCAGGACGAAAAACUGCUGGAAAACGGGUUGCGGGACGCUGCCCGGUACAUCAAUGACGUCCACAUCAACGACCCGGAAAACAAAAACCGGAUUUUAUCAAAAGGAAAAAUCCCCCCUCCCCAUAUCAAAACGGAAAUCUGUGAUGCAGAUUUGUUGUCACAAAUCAGCUUUGUCAUGCUACACGGGAAAAGAUGCGGACUGUGGUGCUGGGUGGCGUGGGGGAGCCUUGCAUCUUCAGCAUGAUAGGAGGCAGCUGAGAGUGAGAAACAGCAUGACAAAUUGCCUGCAAACGAGACCACGACUGCGGCUCUUGGCCUUCUAGCAUGACAAGUCGAUUUGGUACCUCAAAUCCUGCAUCACAGAUUUCCAUUUCGAUAUGGGGAGGGGGGAUUUUUCCGUUUGAUAGAUUUUGGUACAUUGCACGCAGGGCGUGUCCCGGUCGGCGUCAACGAUCAUCGCGUUAUGCAAGAAAAAAACUGUGUCAGUGUAAACUUGUGAUGCAGAACAUGCAACAGAGUUACACCUGUCAUGCCAGACAGCCACGAAGUCCUCUAUUCGUGUGUGUUUUCCCUUACAAGUCACGCAUGACAGGUUUUCUCUGUCAUGUAGAGCAAAUUUGUGAUGCUGUCAACCAAAAAGAAAGUUACACUAACACAGUUUUUUUCCUGGAUACGCGUAUUUGAUGGAAUACAAGCACUUUCGGCUGAACGAGGCGUUUUACUAUCUAAAGGAUAAGCGGUCGAUCAUCGACCCCCGGCCGAACUUCAUCGAGGAACUCGGUCGCCUGGAAACCGAGAUUCUCUUCCACCUGCAGAGGCAGCAGAUGGGGGGGAUGCCAACCUUAACCGCGGCCGACGUGAUUGGCGACCGGGUUUUUCUGAAUUUUGACCACAACUCGAAAAACGACCAGGUGUACCAGCAGCGGAAACUAUUGAGGGGAAAAAUCCCCCCUCCCCAUAUCGAAAAGGUAUCUUUCCGAAGAUUUGUGUUGCUGAUUUGAGGUCACAAAUCACGUUUGUCUUGCAAGAAGACAAGGGCAGAAGCUUCCGCCCCAUUAUGGAGGCGAUUUCUCAUGCUGUAGGGCCUAAAGGUCAGCCGUUUGCAAUGCUGAACAACUAGACCCAUACGCCCCUACCAAGCCUGGGGAUCUGGCCGCAAUGCCUUCCUGCUAUACAAAUCUGAUUUGUGUACGCAAAUCCAGCACGUCCCUAGCUCUUCGUGCUCGCCGCUGAGUACAGUUGAGCACCUUGUAGAUCGCCAAACUGUUCCAUAGCGCUGAAACGACGCGGCUUUCGCCAGGGGGAGCAGUCAUACAUUGUGUGCCCUCCGGGACUAUACCUCGACUUCCGUCUAAACUGUGGGGCCCACUUCUCCCUAUCAGUAUUCGGUCGUUGGGAAGGGUGUCCGGGGUCUCCGUCUCAUCGGUUCUCGAUGGCUGACGCGAGUUUGUGAAAUUGGGGGCAGUGGUUGGCUUAGGUUUGCGGAGUACUUCUGAAAAGAGGCUCCCAUUCCUUCUUCCAGGCAGUGAUCUUUGAUCGCUGCCACGCGGAGCCACCCCCUUUUCUCACCCCCAGGGGGUUGUGGACCUGGCAAAACCGAUGAGUUCGGGCUGCUGACUGUUCCACUUCUUCUUAGCGGUACCAGUUUCGCCCACGCCCACGCAAAUCCAGCAUCACAGAUCUCCUUUUUGAUAUGGGGAGGGGGGAUUUUUCCUUUUCAUAGAAACAAGAAAUCACGCACGCGGCGGCAGCGAAGGAGGAGAUCAAGACGCAGGGUCUUGGGGGCGUGAAGAAUUUUCUUGGUCUGGGGAAAAAAGCCACAUCCACAUCGUCGUCAGGCGGUGCUUAUCAAAUGCAAAUGUGCCCAGGGGGUAGGGUAGCACCCAAGAAAAAUAGCAAAAAGCUGCAAAAAAGCUUGUGCUAAGGCUGGUGGCGAAGUUGGUGCCGAAGCUGGUGCCGAAGCAAGCUGGUGCCAAAGCUGGCGCCGAAGGUGUUGCAGCUCAGAAGCCCGAACCUCCGGGGCGGCGGUUCGAUCGUUCUUGGGCCAGAGGCUGGGCCCGAGGGUGGGGCAGAGAUAACGAUAGGCCCAGCCGGCUACGCCAGGCGGGGCAGGGCCAGAGAUAGACUGGGCCGGCCAGAGGCUGGGCCACGCCAGGCGCGGGGCCCGAGGUUCCGCCAGGCGCGGCGCCGGAGGCGGAGCAGGAGCAAGAGGCUGCGCGAUAGCGCAGGCAGGAGUGAGGCUGGGCUGUCGGGGGCUCGACUAAAGGUUGGGCCAAGGUUUGCGGAGAAUACACCGGAGGAGGCGAAGUAUCCACAAACGGGAAAUGGACUCCAAAUAUCCACGAGCGGGAAGAUACGCAGCCAGCACGCAGGAGGCUGUUGCGUGUGGGCUGCAGAGGCUCGCAUUUCCUCGCUCACGGCAGAUCGAUCCGCGCCCAAGAUUCCAUCUCGGUCGCCAACGCGCUGAGUGAGCGGGCAAAGAAGCUGGUAGGAAUGUUGCUUUCUCACAAGCUUCCCUACUAGCUUCUACACCAGCUUCUCCACCAGCUUCUCGACCACAAAUUGUGGUCUAGCCUUCACGCAAAGUAGCGUUUUUUCAUGAUAAAAAUUGUUUUUCUCCCGUGAAAAUGAAGGCACUUCCAAACACCUUCUUUCGUUGAAGGUGCUUGUUGGUGCCGUGCUGAGAUGAAAACGACCCAAGGCAACGGGCGAGGAGCGAAGCAGCUGGCAAGGCGGGACGAAUACGCACGCUGCUGCGCACUCAGAAAAGGCCACGGCAUGAUGGCGAAUUUGUUUGCGGUGGCGAAUCUUUGCAGGCAGCACGCAGCAGUUUGUUGCGUGCAGGCUGCAAAGAUUCAAAAUUGUGGUCCGUUCGGGCCUCAAGUUGUUCUUGUUGCACCGACCCAGACAUGCAAAUCAUCUUGGGCGGCCGCCAUCUAUCGGGCCAACUCCUUGCCCAAGCCCUUGGCCAAAGCGGGGCGCUUGGGCCCCAGACUGCGCCACAACUUUCCCGGCUUCUCGUCUGGGAGAAAAGCUGCGCACGAACAGUCCGGCACGAAGACCACAAUGCGAGGCGCGAUUGGGAUUUCGGCCUGUGCCGCAGCAUCUUCAUCGCGCAACACAAAAAAAAAAAACGAAUAGCGCGCGCACAGAAAGGGGGCACAGAAGCCGCGGCGCAAUAAAUGCAUACGGUCUGCGCAAAGGGGCCCAAAGCUGUGCAAUUUUUUUGCACCAAAUAUGCCAAAAAUGCGAAAAAAGCUGUAUUUUUAUCAGCCCAAAAGAUUUGGGCCUACCCUACCCCCUGGGCACAUUUGCACGCGAUAGUGCUGGAAUUAUAGCUGGACGACCACAACUUGAUGGUCUAGGUGGAGAAACUUCCUCGAAAGACGGUAAAAAUAUAAGCGGUGCAGCUACAACUUCUCCUGUUGCGGCACCCCCAAUGGUAGUACCUCCUCCAGGUAGUUCAUCUGCUACAACAACCGCAGGGCCGCUGCAAACCAAGGCGAGCGACGCGAAGACGGGACGGGACCUGGCUUUGCGGGAGCGGAUUGACAAGUAUAAAACCGUGGUGGAACAGACCAACAAGAAGAACAAGUUGUGGGUGUGGGAAGACAUCUUCGGCCAGCUGCUCGAUUUUGAGACCGCCAUGGCGGUGUUGCACACGAUCGGCGACUGGAUGCAGCGGCAGCUGGCGUUGCGAGAAAGAAAGUCGCACAAUCGACGACUGUCACAGAGUAUCAACUGCAAAAAUGUCUGGGUCUGGAAGGUGGCAACUUGUCAUGGUAAAUCUGAAGCAUGUAAAAAUCUGUGUUGCAUGAGUGCCAAAAGCUGUCCACUUUUGGCCAAGUUCGUUGGAAGGGAGUUUCUCAUGCAAGAUAGGCAUGGCAGAGACCUCACAGAGUCUGUCAUGCUAGGUCCCGCAUUCCAGACCUGAGCUGCCAUGGCGAAUCUGCGUGACAAGUUUACACUCUUCCAGACCCAGACACUUUUGCACUUGAUGCAGAGGCAAGAGCAGGACGACGGAGGGAUGUCCUCCAGCCCGAAUGUGUCCACUUCGGAGGUUAUCCUGAGUAAAAACGUACCCACACCAGAGUCAGGAUGGGGAUUUUGCAACACAAACCUAGGAGUUUUGUGAGUCACGCAUGACAAGUUGCGCUCUGCAGUGUAGUGCAGGUUAGCAAGUGCAGCCGCGUCACAGAUUCAUCUGCUCAUCGUGUUCACAGCAUCACAAAUUCCAAAACACGAUUGGAAAUGGCUCUCAUGCGGAUGCGCGUUACAAGUCUUCCUGUCUUUGCAGAUCUGCAUUACAACUCUGUCGUGGGUACGUUUUUACUCAGGAUAGAGGUAGAACAGUCGGAGAAGGUUUGGUCCGUGUUGAAGCCAGAGGUGCUUAUCCAGGAACUUCGCCACCACGCGGCCACCUGUCUUGCGUACUGCGUGCUGUGUGAGGGAAUAGAAGAUGAAAAAGCGAAGGAAGCUCUGAAGGACGACAUAAUCCAGAGGCUAACGAAGGACGAGAAAUCCGCUUUAGGGCUUACACUAUCCGCAGAGGAGGACAGCCGAGAAACCACCACCGCAAUAUCCUGGGCGGAGUACACGUGGAAAACCUAUUUGAGGGACGGAAAAGUACCGCAGGAGGGACAGAAGGAGUAUCGUAAGGGGCACGGGCCGUUGCCGAAGGGUUCUUUCCUUGGUGGGAAAGGGAAAGGCGGAGGUUUCCAGCCGAAGCCGUGCGGUGGUGCCUUGCCUGCCGACGGAAGCCCGCGGGGUGGACAGCCCCUGGUAUUGCCACGGCGCGGGCCGAACACGCCAAGCAGCAGGAGAAUUUCAGACACGAGCAUUGCGUCAUCCUCCGUCAUGAAAUCGACACCGAAAAAGCCCUCCGAAGCGGAAGAAUUCGAAAAAUGGCGCGCGUUGCCGGUGAUGGGCUCGGAAGAAGUGCAGAAACGGAUCCGCUGGGAAGGUUUGCGGGCGACACACAAGGUUUACGGUGGCUCUGGCGGGAUCUGGCUAUACAACGUGGACGGAAAAUUGGUCGCUGGGAAAUUCCAGCGCGACGCGAUGGAAGUGUACGCCAUUUUGUUGUCCAGGUGUUUUCACCCUUCCGUGCUUCGCUUUGCCAACAUGCGGGUGAUCCACCUGCUGCAAGAGGAUGAAGAUGGAAACGGAAACGAGUACUUUGACUUGCUGUCCGCGGUAUGCAUUGCAAAAGUAAACGUACUAGGAUAGAUUGCAUUACAAAUUUUGGCAAGAAGAAAAAUGGAAUUUGUAAUGCUGUUUUAUCUUAGGAGGAAGAUUUAUCAUGCUAUCGCAAGAAAAAAGUGUUACAGUUACACAUUGUUGCGGGCCAAGCAAGACAGACAAGCUCUGUUAUGCCGGAUAUGCAUAGGAGCCUCGUUUCAUAGGUGUUUUCCCGUAGGAUUUCUGCAUUGCAAGUUUUCUCUCUCAUGCAGGGAAAUUUGUGUUGCUGAAUGGACUACAAAUGUGUAACUGUAACACUUUUUUCGUGGGAUACAUGCGUAUUUGCAAUUAGUACGAGUACGAUACUUUUGCACAGCAUCCGCGGUAGUGCAGGUGAAGAAGAAAGAAGCGCAAAUAGAUACCGAGCUCCCCGAGGAAGAAGCGGAGGCCUACACGUCGUCCGUGAACGUACAGAAGAUGAUGUCGUCCGGGAAGCAGUUUCUAGGUAUUCUCGAGGUGGUCCGGGGGUUGCGCACACUCCAGGGUGUCGGCGGGUUGCACCAAGUGCCGCAAAAACACCACGACCGGAUUCUGCAGCAGAUGGGUCGGAUGUGCGCGUUCGACGCGUUGAUAAACAAUUUUGACCGGCUCCCGUGGCGGUUGAUUUGGUCGAACGACGGGAACUUGCAGAAUUUGAUGAUCGAACAGGAAGGAGCUCCCGGCAAUACGAAUACUCUGCCACAGACGAAGAUGUCGAACAAUCAUGACCAAGAAAUACCAACCAGAAACAAGAUUGAGUUCGACUUAAUCGGCAUCGACCAAGCGAUCACUACCAUUCUGUCCGAGCCCGGCGCGGCCGCCUACCGCGAAAGGCUGAAAAACGCGUGCAAAGAGGUGUUGGAAGACCCGUCGGUCCGGUUUUCCACCAUGUUGCACAAGUUUGAGAACAUCACCAGCAGUAAAAAUAGAAAUUCUGUCAAAAGUACUAGCCCAAUAUUAACCCCGACGACCCCGAUGUUAAAAUCGAAGCGGAAGAGCACGAAGGAGGAUGCGGAAAUUAAGGCGGGGUUGUCCGCCACGGUGCAAUCGCACGUGUCCGCCCCAUAUGGAUUGCAAAUAUGUCUGGGUCUGGAACAGUGAAACUUGUCAUGCUAAUUCUGGAUUGUGAAAAAAUCUGUGAUGCAUGAUUACCAAAGGUUGUCCUGGUCCAUUUUUGGCCAAUUUUACAAGAAGUUUCUCAUGCACAAUAGGCAUGAGAAAGACAAAGAUCUCGCAAAAUCUGUCAUGCUAUGUCCUGCACACCAGACCUCAUGAGUCAUGGAAAACCUGCAUGACAAGUCUCUGCUUUUUCCAGACCCAGACAUAUUUGCACAUGAUACGCCGAUGAACCACCAGGCCCGGAAAUCCAACUGGCGGCAGGACUUGCAGGAGCAGAUCUACUAUCAAGUGUAAAAGUGUCUGGGUCUGGAAGAAUGCGCGAUUUGUCAUGCUGCUUUUCCAUGACCUAUGAGGUCUGGAAUGCCGGACCUAGCAUGACAGAUUCUGCGAGACCUUUCUCAUGCCUAUCCUGCAUGAGAAACUACCUCCCGACUUGGUCAAAACUGGGCGACCUUUGGCAAUCAUGCAACACAGAUUUCUGCAUGCUGCAGAUUUAGCAUGACAAGUUGCAAUCUUCCAGACUCAGACAUUUUUACAUUUGAUAUCUACGUCUGCACCGGGGUGGCCUACGACCCGAAGUUGAUUCCUUUCAUUAUAACCCGCUCAGGUGUUACAAUCUCAAACCUUACAAUAGAGUCUGGGACUUGUCUUGCAUAAACAGCAUGAGUAGCAGAGAGAGAUUUGCGCUUUUCGCAAUACAAAGUUCGCUGGAUUUCGAUGCGGUUUGAGGCUCCGGAACUUGUCAUGCGCACUGCUUUGGGAGUAGGCCAGAUGUUUCACGUUUUGCAUCACAAAAUCCAGAUUCUAUUGUAGCGUUUGAGAUUGUAACGUCUGCGCGGGUCAUAUUCAUCGCCGGGCUGCGCGAGGGCUUUGAGGCGAUCGCCGGCUUGGAUUUCGUAUCAAAUGCAAAAAUGUCUGGGUCUGGAAGAUUCUAGACUUGUGAUGCUGUCUCUGGAUUCGAAAAAAUUUUGUAUUGCGUGAUCAGUAAGAGGAGUAGAUUUUGUGCGCCGCGGAGAUGGCAUUUGUCAUGCGGAAUAGGCAUGAUAGAGCGCUCUAAAAAUAUGUGAUGCUAGGCCAUGCAUUACAGGCAUUAUGGAUCAUGCAAAAUAUGCAUGACAAAUCUUGCAAUCUCCCAGACCCAGACAUUUUUACAUUUGAUAUUUCGAGAAGGCGCUGGGGGAGUGCGAAAAGAAAAUCGUCCAAAUGUUCGGGGGCGGGGUAACCAGGGCGGACCUCGCCCCGGCACGCGCGUUCUUGGUUGCGAACGCGGAAGUGAUUCGAAAAUGCGUGGAGGAACUGUCGUGAACAAUUGAAAUGAUUAUAUGAAAAGCUAUAAGCUAAAGCAUAGGUGGCAUCUUGAUCUUAUUACAGGGAGAAAUUUUGUAUCAACAUGUUCUCAUAGUCAGAUCGAAGAUGUAGAUGUACUUCCAUCCACGUCCACCAUGAUGCUUGGUUGUCAGCAUUGAUAUUUUAUUUGAGCGACAGGACAGACUAUUGCACUGCGACCUCGCGAUGAAGACCACUGUUCUCUCACGACACAGAGUACGAGUAGAAUUGCGCCGGAACAUGCAACGCGUUUCUGUAAAACAACCGGAUGAACAACCGUGUAGAAUUUUUAAAAGUAUCCAACAGUAAUCUUUGUCGUCCCUCAUUUGAUUUCAUCCUUUCUGCGACGAUUCCAUAAAAACAUUUGCG